AUGGUAAGCUGUCCAAUUGAAAAGAAAGGUGAUGAUGCCACUGCUGCAAAGAGAGCAAUCAUUGUAGUCACCUUCUUCAUGUUCCUUAUCUACGUUGCAGCUGUCGUGUUGGCAUAUGUUAAGAAAGAAGCUGAGAUCGGCAAAAGAGCUAAACGAUUUAUGAAUGAUGUAGCAUACAGAGACCUCUUCUUUUUCAUGUUUGUCUCUAUUGCCCAUAUUGCUGUCCCAAAGGCAUUCCCCACAAUUAUGAUCUGGUUCUACUUGAUAGCCUAUAUUGUACAUGCAGUACUAUUUUUCGUCAACAAGCCACAGUUUUUAUUCGUGACCUUCAUUGUUAAAAGUUUCUUUGUCUUCCUUGUGAUCAUGACUCUCCUAAUCGACAAAUGGUGUGACUACUUCUUGUACAGAGGCAAUAAGAACUUCGGAAGUGUCGAUAAGUAAUUUAUAUAAACAGCCAAGUAGUUAUUCGUGAA